AUGGCGAAGAGUGAUAUUCGGAAGCAAAGCUGGAACGUCAGCAUCAGGUGGACACAACAUCGUACCAACGCCACGUUCGCCAACCAGAACAACCAGAUCGCUGCGCAGGGCGUCGAGACCAAAGACUUGACAGCGCAGACCCAGGGCAUCAUUGACGGUGGCAGCGCGGUGGGCGAUACUUCCAGCGCCGCCAGCAGUGUGGAAGGUGGGCAUGGUGCCAGAUCGCAGCAACCCAUUGACGACACCAUCCAGUACGGUGGCACAUUCCUUCGACCUCUUCUGCGUGAGCAGAGGAUUGAGUAUCACGUCACGGCGUUACCCGCAAGUUUUUGGCAGUUGCGUGGCAGUGUUGAGCCCGUGUUUCAUGGAGUUGCACGGUCGUGCACCCUCAAGUUCCCCCACCCCGUUUCCGCCAAGGUCUUCCAGCAUGCGUGCAGCGAAGCUGGCUUCAUGAGUGGGGAGAUCCUCGUCCAGAUGGAGCACUUCGUCCGCGUCUGCCGCGGGGAGGAGAAGCCGCUGUGCAGUGGCAUGGACGCCAUCGAGAGCUUGGCCGUGAUCGCCGCGGUGCGCCGCUCGGCGGAAUCAGGACUCCCCGUGCGGCCCGGUGACAUGCUCGCGGAGGCUUCGGGCCAGAGCGUUAUCUACAAGCAGCCGCUGGCGAUCGAGCGCACCGCCAGGGUCAAGAGCGAGGACAUGUCCACGAUCUUCCCGGGGGCGACCCCUACGGACUCCGGCGUCAAGCACAGCCGCGCCUCCCAGUGCAGCGCCUCCAAGGGCAACGUGAAGCAGAGCUGCGCCUCGUUGUCCCUCCUCAGCUGCGCCGAGAAAGACGACGAGGGCGACGCCGUUCCUUGA